AUGGCCCUUGCUGGCUCCUUCCCGCUGCAACUUCUCCUCACACUGCUGGCCUCCGCCGUGUGGGCGCCGCCCCAGAUCAUCAGCGACGCCUGCGUCAUGGCGGCCUCCACCUCGCCCGGAGAUUAUGGCCGCAUCCGGAGCCUCGCCAGCCUGGCCUGGUCGGUGAUGGCCCCUGUGGCUGGCUUUGUAAACGGGAGGUGGGGCAUCCGCGCUGGGAUCGCGGCGUACACGGCCCUCGCCCUGGCCGCCCUUCCCGCGGCCCUUAAUUUGCCGCUGGAGGCCCUGCAGGGCUCCCAUGGACCCGCCUCGUCCAGCGAGGCUCCCGGCCCAAAGGAUGUGGAAGACCUGCAUGCCCCCCUGCUCCCACCUGGGACAACAGAGCAGGAGCCCCCUUCUCCAAAGGUGGACGUGGAGGCCCCUCGCUCCUCUGCCCUGGCCUCCGCCCUCGCAAUCGUACGCUACAUAGAGUCCAUCACGGAGAUGGGCCUGGUGGCGCCGACCCCCGGGCUGUACGGCUUUGCCGAGGUGUCGGGGCCCUUCAUGCAGCGACACCUGGCGCCCCCAGAGCUGGUGGCAGGCUUCGAGGCGGAGGAGGAGGCUCAGCGCGAGGCGUCAAGGCAUGUUGAGCCGGCCAGCCCCUCCCGGCUGCCCACCAUCCGUGAGGCCCCCUCGCAGCGGUCCCUGCCGCUGCCUGCUGAGUCCCUGCCCCGCGACGAGCGCACGCUGAGGGAGGCGGCCUCACUCCUCAGCGCCUCGGUGCCGGCCGCGCUCCAGCGCCAGCCCUCCCUGCCCCGCCCCAUCAGCUUGGGCAACCUGCGUGGGGCAGGGAGGGCCCAGCGCCACGUCCUCGCCACCUCCGAGGGUCCGCAUGCCAGCCACUGGGCGAUCGAGGAGUCGGAGGUCGAGGAUGGCGACGACGAGGCCAGCUACCUCACCGGCCAAGAGUCUGGGAGGGACUCUGACUCCGACCCGGCCGGAAGCGUGCAGAGCGCCUUCCCCUGGUCGCCACGGAGUGGGGCGGACACUGCCGCCGGCCCCACCCCCCUCUUUGACCUCUCCCGGCACGAGUCGGAUGUGGGGGACGUGGACGCGGCUCUGGCGCGGCCCACACAGGGGCUGCCGGCCCUCGGAUCCCGGAAGUCCAGCGCCAACGCCCCCCUGCCGCCCUUCAAGCCCGCGCCGGUGGUGGCGGCGCCGCAGGCCGAGGAUUCCAAGCCCGGCCCCGACGCGGGCGCGCUGGGCACAACCCCGGCGACGGGGAAGGGCAUGCUGCGGGGCGCGGCUGAGGGGCAGGCGUCUGCGCUGCCGUGCGCUCCGCGCAUGCCGCCCUCCACGCCACCGCUCCUGCCCUCCCUGCCCGGGUCGCUGGCGGCCGCACAGGCGGCCAUCGCCCCCGCCACAAUGCGGGAGGCGGUGCGGCUGGAGGGCGCGAGUGCGCCCGACGCGGCCGGGUCCUACAUCAUCAACAUGCUGGAGGGCAAGCUGCGGCGGCUGGCGCGCCAGGCACGCGCGGAGCGUCGUGCAGCGCAGCGUGCGCAGCGCGAACGCCAGCGCGCGCGGCAGGCCGUCGCCGCGGGGGGGGAGUCCGGGGCGGGGGAGGCCAGGGAUGGCCCUGCAUCAACUGGGCCUGUCCCCACCGACUCCGACACGGCGUCGGCGGCGGAUAAAGCAGGGCUGGACUCCGCCCUGGUCAUGGAACUCGCCCCGCCGGGCCCGCCCCCUAGCAUCUCGCUCCUCCUGCGAGAUCCAGAGGUGGUCUUCUUCUUCGUCCUGACCACCGUCAUGGGCCUGGGCCAUGGGCUCAUCGGCUCCUACCUCUUCAUGUUCAUCAAGCACACGGGUGGGAGCGAGGCACUGAUGGGAGGCGUCCUGAUGGCCAACGCCCUGCCCGAGCUCCCCGUCUUCUUCUUCUUCGGCCGCAUCGCCCAGCGCUGCACCAUGACCCUCCUGCUCUUCGCCUCCUGCGGGGUCCUGGCCCUGCGCCUCCUCCUAUUCCCGCUCCUCCCCCUCAUCGGCGUCCGCUGGGUGCUGGCCAUUGAGACCCUGCACGGCAUCACCUUCGCCCUGGGCUGGUCGGCCUGCGCCAUGAACAGCAGCAAGAUCGCGCCGCCCGGCCUGGAAAGCACAACGCAGGCAAUCUUCCAGGGGCUGUGGACGGGGGUGGGCACGGGGCUAGGGGGCCUGGUUGGCGGCCUGCUAUACCACUCCCAGGGCCCCGCCGCCAUGUUCUUCGCCGCAGGGUGCCUCGUGGCGGGCGCCUCCACGCUGUGCGCGCUGGGCAUGGCCUGGCACCGCGCGCGGGUGGCGCGCGCCAGCGCGCUGCUGCGCGCGAUGAGCUCGGCCAACAUCUUGGCGGCCUGA